UCCACUUACUAAUUGUUGGGAAUGUUAAUCUAUGGCAAAUAUAGGGACUUCAAGUGUGAAGAUCCUGAAACAUGGAUACAGUCAAUAAAGAAACAAAUGAAAAUGGAAUCAAUAAAGGACUGAAUAAGACGAGUUCUCUCGAGGAAUUCUACGCCGGUUGUGGGAUCCUUGUGACUGGAGCAACCGGUUUCGUUGGGAAAGGUCUCCUGGAAAAACUUAUCCGCAUAUGUCCACGCAUCGCUGUCAUUUUUAUAUUAAUUCGUCCUAAAACUAACGAAACGAUAGAACAACGAUUUAAGAAGCUCAUAGAUGAUCCCAUUUACGAUGACAUCAAAGGAAAACACCCCUCAGCUCUCGGCAGAGUUUAUCCCAUGAAAGGUGACGCGAGUCUGCCGGACUUAGGUCUUUCGCGAGAAGAUAGAAAUCUGUUGUUAGAGAAAGUAAACAUAGUGUUUCACGCCGCGGCCACUGUGAGAUUCAACGAACCGUUACACGUGGCUAUUAAUGUGAAUACGAAAGGUACUGCUCGUGUUAUCGAACUUUGGAACGAACUGAGGCAUCCAAUUAGCUUCGUCCACGUCAGUACAGCUUAUAGUAAUGUGAAUCUAAGUGAGAUUGGGGAAAAAGUUUAUACCACGAGCUUGAGUCCUUCAGAGGUAAUCGAUAUCUGUGACAAAUUAGACAAAACGUCCAUUAAUCUAAUAGAAAAUGGGAUUUUAAAAACAUAUCCAAACACGUACACAUUCAGUAAGAAUUUAGCAGAGCAGAUUGUAGCAAGCAAGUGUAAAGAUCUGCCAGUUGCGAUAGUGCGGCCAAGCGUAAUUGGUGCCUCUUUGGAAGAACCAUGUCCUGGUUGGAUACAGAAUAUUUCUGCAGUUACAGGUACCUUUCUGCUAGUCGGCAGAGGAUGUGUAACGGCGGUACGGGGUAGGAGAGAUACAAGAUUGGAUGUGGUGCCUGUCGAUUUCGUAGUCGACACGAUAAUAUGUAUUGCAUGGCAUGUCACGCUGCAUCGUGAUCACGAAGUUAAAGUAUACAACUGCACGAGUAACGCAUACCCUUUUAAGUUUGGUGCGAUGAUAGACGCUAUGGUAAAAUAUAGCAUAGAAACCCCACUAAACGAUACGCUAUGGUACCCACGUUGUUCAGUCGUAGCUAAUAGAUAUAUUUACAACGUUCUGAGUGUAAUUCCGCGUGUUUUUCUUGCGUUCGGCAUGGAUAUAUUUUUAAGACUUCGAGGUAGUAAACCAAUAGUGAUGAAACUUCUCAGAAAUGGCAAUAAGCUUGCCGCAUCGUUUGCAUUUUUCACCAUGCACGAAUGGAACUUCCAAAGGGAUAACUGUUCCGACUUGGCGAGGAAGGUGAAAAUGUUGAACGACAGCGAUAUGGUGAAACUGGAUUUACGGGGUGUGGAUUUGGAGAAGUAUGUUGCAAUGUACCAGGUGGGGAUUAAGAAAUUUAUUUUGAAACAAGACUUUAAGUCAACAGCCCGACAACGGCUAUCAAGGUUGUACUGGAUACGUCAGAUCACCAAAAUGUCCGGUAUAACGAUCUUACUAUGGAUAAUAUACUGUGUCGUGUACUGACUAUUUGAACGUAAUUUCUUCUGUUUAAACCUAUGGAAUAUAAAUACAAUUUUAUGAACAAGGGAUUCAUCAUCCUUUUCAUUUUGUCUCUUCACUCGUCUCCUUGCUAAAUAAAUCCAUUUAUGACAUUGCUU